CUAUGUGGGUUAGCAGUUAGUUUACUAUGCUGUGAACAGUGUCCUAGCACAUCGAGAGUUGGAAACUCGACGAUGUUCUCUUUAUCUGUUUCAUUUCUAUUUUUUAGUUAUGGCGUCCAUGGUGUCGGGUAAAUUGCAAUGAAUCAAAAUUUAGUUGAGUAUGAAACCGAGGAGAAUGUCUUUUUGCUUUUGGAAUUUGGGGCAUCUUCUUGUAAACAAAGCAGAUUUCUUCUAGGGUUUUAUGAUUCUGAUUCUUAAUUUCAGAUGCGUAUUUUCUUGGCGAUCUCAAUUUAAGGUUCGAUCCCUUUUCACUCGAAUUUUGUUUUGGGUUUUAGGGAUUUCAUUUGACCCUUAUCUCAGCUUUAGCACUUCGUCUCUCUUUUUUGUUUGAUGGACGAGGACGACGGGUAAAAUUUCUGCUCUCGAUUCCUUUUGAAAGUUGAAAAGUUUGAGAAUUUGGGUGUAUUUAGAAUUUUAUUAUAAUCCCAUUGUCAAUUAUCAUCUGACCUUUCUUCCUAAAGUUGCUAACUGCCCGAGGUGUUGAAUUUAUGAAUUCCCUCAUCUCAAUAUUUCCAGGUUUUUCAGUUCUCAUUCACGGACUUUGCUUCAUUAAAACUGAUGUAUUGAUUCUCACCAUUCUCUGGAGUUUCGGUAAUAGCGACAAAUGGAUAACUUUGAUCAGAAGCUCGGUCCAGAUUUUUUCAAGAAUCUCUCAGCAGAAGCCGUUACCCCAUUAAGCAUGGUUCAUGAAGAGAUAUAUGAGAGCUCUUCAAAAAGGCCAAAAACAACAUCCAAAGUCUGGGAUAUUUUCGAGAAGCUUCCAGCGCAGCAAGGAGAUUCCAAGGCUAUAUGUAAGCUAUGCAGGAGAAUAUAUACUGCUAAAACAACUAGCGGUACUUCUCACUUGAGACGACACAUUGAAGCUUGUGUUAAACGUACUAAUCAUGACGUAGAUCAGCGUUUGAUUGAAGCAUGCUUUAAACCUGCUAAACGGGAUGCCAAUCGUGUCACUCUUUCCCAUGACACUUUGAUUGCUGCUACUACAUCCUUAAAGAACUAUAAAAUAGAUGUGGAUGAGAUCCAUCGGGCGAUUGCAAUGAUGAUCAUUGUUGAUGAACAGCCAUUCAGUAUGGUUGAAGAGUCGGGGUUUAGACGGUUAUUGGGUGCUGCUUGUCCUGAAUUUCCGGUGCUGAGUAGGAGCUCUAUUAAAAAGGAUGUCAUUUCCAUUUAUGUGAAGGAGAAGGAGAAUAUCCGUGAGUUGCUAGCAACAUGUCCUGGGCGGAUUUGUUUGACAUCCAGUACUUGGAAAUCCAAUUGCGAUGAUCAUUUUAUUGGUGUCACUGCUCACUUCAUUGACCAUGAAUGGAGGUUGCAGAAGAGGAUUUUAAGGUUCAAGCUUAUAGCUCCUCCAUAUGAUAGCUUGUCUGUUGCCGAUGAGAUAGCUUUUUGUAUGGUUCAAUGGAACAUCGAACACAAGGUGUUCAGCAUUACGCUGGAGAACUUCUCGAGUGAUGAUUGUGUGGCCGACAUGCUGAGAACACGACUUGCUGCGAAAAAGUACCUUCCUUGCAAGGGUGCAUUUUUUCAUGUGGGUUGUUUCUUUCGCAUUUUGAAUUCGAUUGUGCUAGUUGGUUUGAACCUAGUCAUUGAUAUCAUUGGGAAACUGAGACUUGGUAUUAAGUAUGUGCACCAAUCCCCGCAUAGGAAGAAGAACUUUUACAUAAUUGCCAGGACUUUGAAUUUGGAUACUCAAAGAAAGUUGUGUCUUGAUUCUCCUACUAGAUGGAAUUCCACAUAUAAUAUGCUUGAAGUUGCUUUGUCUUAUAAGAACGCAUUUGUGUACUUGGCAGAGCAGGACAAAAACUUUAUAAACAAACUAUCAGGCGACGAGUGGGAAAAGAUGAGUGUCUUGUACAAAUUUCUGAAAGUGUUUUUUGAGGUGAGUUGUGUAUUGUUUAGAAACAAACAGCCGACUUCAAAUUUGUAUUUCAGAGCGGCAUGGAAAGUUCAUAGUCGCUUAUUUGAUAUGGUUCGAGGUCCAGAAAAUUUUAUGACUGGCAUGGUCAGGGAAAUGCACUCAAAAUUGAACCAAUACUGGUCGGCGUAUAACUUGAUCUUGUCAUGUGCUGCGAUCUUGGAUCCUAGGUAUAAGAUUAAGUUUGUUGAAUAUUGUUAUACCAAACUAUAUGGUAGCGGCGCUCAGAAAUAUGUUAGUGUAAGUGUUAACACUUUGUAUGGCUUGUUCGAGGAAUACAUGCAAAAUUCUGCACGCCCUUCUCAUGCUAUCGAAUUAUCAACUGCUACCUGUAAAAUAUCCAAUGAUAAAGAUGAUAACGAUGGGUUUGAAGAUUAUGAAACCUUUCAAAGUGCCAGAUUUCAAACUCAAGUGGAGAAGUCUCAACUCGAUCUUUAUUUAGAAGAGCCUAGCCAUGAUCUAAACAGUGAAAUAGAUGUUUUAGAGUAUUGGACUGUAUGCUCCCUGAGGUAUCCAGAGCUUUCAAGAAUGGCUCGCGAUGUUUUAACCAUUCCAGUGUCCACUAUUGCUUCUGACAGUGCAUUUGACAUUGGUUCUCAAGUGAUUGGCGCUGAUCGUAGUUCUUUAAAACCAAAGAUGUUACAAGCAUUGGUUUGUCUUCAAGAUUGGAUGCUGGCUUCUGAUAGGACAAGAGGUUCAGGCUCUUUCGAAAGCAGACCCGAAGAUGAUAGCUCCAGUUCUAGUGAUGGUGAUGAUGAUUAUUAGCUUAUCUGAAGUGCUGCAGAAGAGCCAACUUGCUUCUUGUAAAUUCUGACGAAAAUUUCGAUAGACUUGGGUACGAAUCAGAGUUACAAACAAAUGAUGACAGAUCAGUCAUCUCCAGCAUAAUGUUUGAAGGAAAUGGAGCAAUGGGCUCAUACAAAUGGUCCCCAGACUGCCCAAGAUUGUGCAAAUAAUGAAGCUCUCUAUGCCUGAUUUUCGAGCUCAUGACAACACCUGUGGAAGAUGAGAGCAAUUUGUUAUUUGUUUCCCAAGGCUUGGCUAAGUAUUGGAGAAACUGGCGACAGUGUAGUGGUGUUAAUCAUCGAUGUUGAUAUUAGAGCUUUCAUCUUCUUUAAAUUAUUUGUGUUGACGGAGCUUGUUGAAGCUUUUGUUUGAACUGCCUGUGAUUAGGCUUUGAGGCUAAACUCUUAAAGAAUUGCAGCAUUCGAUAUAUGCAAAUUUGUGUUGGAAAUGCAAUUUUAGAAUAAACACUUGUUAA